ACCGUAAUUUAAAAAAAAAAAACUCAAAAGCUUAAAGUAAUGAUUACUUACCUAUUUAAAAGCUUUCCAAGAUUCCUGGUUUUGUAUCUCACUGCAAUUUUAAAAAUUUGUCUUUGAUGGCUUCCUGCAGUCAGCAAGUCAUAUUAAAAAAAAAACACAUUAUGAAAUAAAAAUGACAAUUCCAUUACGUCCAGGGGCUGAUUUAAAAUAUGUUCUAACUUUAUUUCAGGGAGAAGAAACCUUGAGAACUGAAGAUAUCCUUGAUAUAAUUGAGAAGGAAGGAGAUUCAAUUGCUGUAAUUCUUUUCAGUGGAGUACAGUACUACACCGGGCAGCUAUUUGACAUACCAAGGAUAACAAAAGCCGGUCAAGCCAAGGGCUGCUUUGUUGGAUUUGACCUGGCCCAUGCUGUUGGCAAUGUAGAACUACAUUUACACGAAUGGGGAGUUGACUUUGCUUGCUGGUGUUCUUAUAAGUACCUGAAUUCUGGAGCUGGGGGUCUAGCCGGUGCUUACAUUCAUGAGAAACAUUCCAAGACUAUGAAACCAGCUUUAAUAGGAUGGUGGGGUCAUGACUACAAAACCAGGUUUCUCAUGGAAAACAAAUUGCAACUCAGCCCUGGAAUCAAUGGAUUUCGUUUAUCUAAUCCUUCCAUCUUAUUGGUCUGUGCUCUUCACGCAAGCUUAGAGAUCUUUGCUCAAACUACAAUGAAGCGCCUGAGAAGGAAAUCCAUGCUUCUUACUGGCUACUUGGAGUAUUUGAUAAGGCACUAUUACAGCAAAGAUAGAAAUGAUCCUGAGAAGACCCUUAUAAAAACGAUCACACCAUCCCACCCUGAAAAAAGAGGAUGCCAGCUCACCUUACUUUUCUCUGUUCCAAUCAAAGAUGUGUUUAAAGAACUGGAAAAACGAGGAGUCACUUGCGACAUGCGGGAACCUGAUGCUCUCCGGGUAGCCCCAGUUCCUCUCUACAAUACUUUCCAGGAUGUGUACAACUUCAUUGAAAUCUUAGGAUCAGCAAUUGCAGCUGCAAAGCAGACUGCAAAUUCAAAGUCAUUUUCCUGAUCUUAUUGAUGAUAUAACUAUAUCUUUAUCUCUUCUCCUGACCAAAUGCAUUGGAGAUUUUGAACAUGUUUGGAGGUAUGGGUGGGAUUUCUUCCAGAUUGGGCCAUAUUCUAUUACUUCACUUCCAAAUAUUAAUUCACUUUCAUAUUGGAUUGUAAUGUGCUUUUUAUUAAAACCCAUGCUUUCUCCCACUGGAAGUUUUGUGUGACAUCAUUAUGCAGAACAGGACUUUUGAUCAUUCCUGUUUGUGUGAUACUUUUCUGUGUAAACAGCAGUGCACAUUAAGUGGCAAGCAGCCACCUUUCUCUGCAUUGCCUGGGAGGGAUCUUUAGCCUGCACAUAAAGAGUAGAAACUUCUUGACACUUUGGGCUGUCACCAUGAAUGGCUAGCAAUUCAUUGACCUCAUAUUGUUGACUUAAAUAUAGAAGGAACCAUAACUCUUUUCCAAGUACUGAAAUCUGUUCUUAAAGGUGUUGUCCAAAUAGUGCUAUUGAUAACCUUUUAGGUAUGAUGUAUUUUACAUUUGAUCUGUGACUUAUAUUAAAAAGAAUAUUAAUUGUCAGUAAAUUAAUAUAUUAAACAUUUCAUAUUCAGUAUGUAAGCGUUCACAAGGGUUUGUAGACUCAUAGAAUGUAUGAGUUGGAAGGGUCUUAUGGUGGAAUCACCAGCUAAAGGAAAAGGAGGAAUAAAAAGGCAUUCCAGCAUGGAAUCGCUCAAUGGGAGGAAAUGAAUGAGGCCAGACUAUUGAUGUUUUUAUCUGCUAUUUCCCAAGGGAAUGCAGUCAGUCUAGUAAGAGUCUUGUAAAUGAAUGGCUGAUCAACAUAAACUGCUUUAGCCUACGCAUGGAAUUGUUCUGAUUCCUUGUGCCUGACAAGUCUGGAUUCCUUUAGUGUAGGAAUCCACCAAUUGGCAUCUAAUCCCCAUUUGCAAACUGCCAAUAAGGAGAGUCAACCAUUAUUUUGGAGAGAUUGUUUCACUAUUUAAAAGCUGCUUCAUCAAAAUAUUUGUCAGGGUUUCAAGUAACACCCCCAAUGAAAGAAGACUCUGAGGCUUAAGUUUUCUCACAAAGUUCCAUUU